AUGUUGAUCAAUAAUAUGAAUCCUGUUUCCCUGACACAAAGGAAUACGCUGGUUUUCUUGGACAUUUCUAUCGAUGGCGAACAAGCCGGGCGUAUUGUAAUAAAAUUGAGAAAUGAUGUAGUGCCAAAAACUGCAGAGAAUUUUCGCGCUCUUUGUACAGGCGAAAAGGGAGCCGGGGUUAAUGGCAAACCUCUUCAUUUUAAAGGCUCAAAGUUUCAUAAAGCUGUUACUCAGUUCAUGAUACAAGGAGGUGACAUUACUAACGGAGAUGGUACCGGCGGUGAAAGUAUAUAUGGGCCUACAUUUGAAGACGAAAAUUUCAAAUUAAAGCAUGACACGGGGGUGCUUAGUAUGGCAAAUAGCGGCCGGCCCAAUACCAAUGGUUCUCAGUUCUGCAUCACAACGGUGCCGUGUGCACAUUUGGAUGGCACCAACGUCGUAUUCGGUGAAGUAAUGGCUGGUCUCGGCAUUGUGAGAGAGAUCCAACGGUACGGUGACGGAGACCUUUGCCGCCCCACGGUGGACUGUGUGAUUGAAGAUUGUGGCGAGAUUAUAACUAAUGAGUGGGAUGUAAGCUGUUGCGAUGGUACCGGGGACAAGUUGCCCGAGUACCCCGAAGAUUACAGGGAUGAAAACGUUACUGUAGAGCAAUUAAUGGUGUCUAUAAGAGAUGUGAAGAGUGCCGGUAACAGUUAUUUCGGCGAAGCACGUUAUAAGGCAGCUGUUAGGAAAUACCGCAAGUGCCUAAGGUAUUUGGAACACGCGUUUUAUAGGAUAGAUGAAGUCAAAGAUGUGGAUACAAAAGAACAAAUACUAGAAAUACGAACAAUGUACGUGUCGCAGUGCUACCUCAACAUGGCGGCUUGUUACAUGAAGUUAGAGGAUUAUAGGUCAACUGUCCAGUACAGUACUUCGGUACUUGAAAUAGACCCGAGAAAUGAAAAAGCGUUAUACAGACGCGGUCAAGCGAAUUACGCUCUUAAAAACUACGACGACGCUCUCAUGGACCUCAGAUUAGCAGAUAAAGUGUCCCCAAAUAACAAGGCUGUGCAAAAACUAUUAGAUGAAGUAAGAUUGACAAAUAAAAGUUAUAAUGAUGUACAAAAACAACGGCUUUCAAAAUUUUUUCGUGAGCAAAAAGAGGCGUUUAUCGAGAUCACAUGUGAGAUCGCCGAUCACUGA